UACCAGCAAGGGCGAAUCGCUGGGAGAGCUGUUGCGAUUUGGGUAGAGAUGGGAUUAGUAUAUUUGAAUUUCUCUACUUUUAAGAUAUUUCACUCUGCUCCAAUCGACAAGGCGUUUGGACGUGUCGCGGCAUAACUCCGAUAAAUAACAUUUCUAAAGACUCAAUGGAGGCAAGACGGGGUUUUACAUUUGGAAUUCACUUGUCAGAAAAGGAGACGAAAUACUGGAAAUAAUGGGGAACACUACACCCAAACCACUGAUAGAUGCUAACCUGCAGCACCGUCCCGUUACCAGCAGGCAGUACUACACACUGCCAAACAAUGGCGUGGAUCGGCGGACAUCAGCCCCACCCCUCAGCCUCAGCAUUGAGUCGCCCCGCUUCCACCCCCACGCCAAGGGCAAGAACAUCCGCCUGGACUCCCAGCUGCGCCGCGCCACGCGCAAGAACAGCUUCUGCAAUGGCGUCACCUUCAGCCAGCGUCCCGUGCAGCUGUACCAGAAAGUCCGGCUCCGGCUGUCCGGCGUCCACAGCGGCUGGAGCGGGGCGCUCCGCUUCGGCUUCACCAGCCUGGACCCCGGCGAGCUGGGCGCCACCGACAUCCCCAAGUAUGCCUGCCCGGACCUGGUGACCCGGCCGGGCUACUGGGCCAAGGCCCUGCCAGAGAGGCUGGCCCUGCGGGACAACGUGCUGGCCUUCUGGGCCGACCGCCAUGGCCGGGUGUUCUACAGCGUCAACGACGGUGACCCUGUCCUCUUCCACUGCGGCCUCAGCAUGGGCUGCCCCCUCUGGGCCAUCAUCGACAUCUACGGCAUCACGCAGGAAGUCACCCUGCUCGAGAGCACCUUCGCUGAGAGCAUGGGUUCCAGCCGUCUCAGUGCGGCCCGUCUCAGCGCCUACCUGCCACAGAGCAACCACGACUCGGCCAACUACAGCAACAACCAGCUGGAGACCAAUCAGGCGGCCGCCGCCAAAAUCGCCACCAUGCAGCUGAACAGCUGCAACCAGCUUAUCCCCUGCUGCUCUUCCUCUUCCCCUUCCUCUUCCACCUCGUCCUCCAGCGGCGCGCGGCUCGCACGGGGCCUGCCCGCGCUCCUGGACUCUGACCUGCACUUUCACCCCGUGCGCGGGCCCGACGUCAUCCUCUCGGCCGACCGCUCGGCCGCCUGCAUCCACUUCCUGGACGGCAGCCGGACUCUGGUGUUCAGCGACCGGCCCCUGCAGGUGGGCGAGACCGUCUUCGUGGAAGUGGGCCACCUGGGCCUGCCCUACUUCGGGGCCCUGCUCUUCGGCGUGACCUCCUGUGACCCGGGCACCCUGCGGGCCAGCGAGCUGCCCUCCGACCCGGACGUCCUGCUGGACCGCAAGGAGUACUGGGUGGUAUACCGUGGGUUCCCCGCGCCCAGCUCGGGGGACGUGCUGAGCUUCACGUUGCUGGCCAGCGGCGAGGUCCACCACGGCGUGAACGGGGUGGCGCGCGGGCGCCUCCUCUGCGUCGACUCCUCCCAGGUGCUCUGGGUUUUCUUCAGCCUCCACGGUGCUGUCAACCGUCUCAGGAUCCUGGGGACAGUGCAGUCCAUCCCACCCUCCACCUCUCCCUCAGGGUCGCCAGGGGACACUCCGGAUGACAGUGAUUCAGACCUGGCCUUCAGUGUUAACCGCUCAUCCUCUGCCUCAGAGUCCUCUCUGGUGACGGCUCCGAGCUCGCCCCUUAGCCCCCCUCUCUCGCCAGCCUUCCCACCCCCCGAACUGCCUCUGGGUAGCAAAAAUGGUGAGUGCACCGUGUGCUUCGACCAGGAGGUGGACACGGUCAUCUACACCUGCGGCCACAUGUGUCUCUGCAACGACUGCGGCCUGAAGCUGAAGAGGCAGAUCAACGCCUGUUGCCCCAUCUGCCGCCGGCCGAUCAAGGACGUCAUUAAAACUUACCGCCCGUGAGGCCGAGGGCCUGCUCAGGAGCUCCGACUGCCGAAAUUGUACGCCCGUUUCACUGCUGAAAGCGGACUGCAAAAUCGCCACACGUCUCCAUCCCCUGGCCUGCUUCUCAGUAUCCUCCUCCCUUUCUGUGUCCCUACAAUAAUUGACAGUGACUCGGAAAUCAAAUCAAAACUUGUU